GCGGUGACGAGCUUCCUAUAUAAGAUGAACAUGGAGCAACAGUUCAUGUUUGGACGCUCAGCAGGACUGCGACGUCGCCGCAAACUUCCACAAGAGUUGUCAGUUAGUGUUACUGCUGCAGGAGACUACACGGCGGAAACAUGUCAGACACUAUUGAACAAGUCUGUCAAAAAAUGGCCAACCUUCAGUUGAAGGGUCUGACAGCUGAGGACGAGUUCCCAGAUCUCAGUAAGCACAACAACCACAUGGCCAAGUUCUUAACCAUGGACAUGUACAAAGGACUGAGGGAGCGGACCACCCCCAAUGGCUUCACCAUAGACCGCGUCAUCCAGACAGGCGUGGACAAUCCGGGUCACCCCUACAUCAUGACUGUGGGCUGUGUGGCGGGAGACGAAGAGUCGUACGAGGUCUUCAAAGAGCUUCUAGACUUGGUCAUUGAGGACCGACACGGAGGUUACAAACCGACAGACAUGCACAAGACUGACCUCAACCCAGAAAACCUUGUGGGCGGUGAUGACCUUGACCCUGAAUAUGUUCUGAGCUCCCGUGUCCGCACGGGCCGCAGCAUACGCGGCUUCUGCCUGCCGCCGCUCUGCAGACGAGGAGAGAGACGCGCUGUAGAAAAGCUCUCAGUCGAAGUUCUGGAUUCACUAACUGGUGACCUGCAAGGGAAAUACUACUCCUUGAGGAACCUAUCAGAAGCAGAGCAGCAGCAGUUGAUUGAUGACCACUUGCUCUUUGACAAGCCAGUGUCUCCUCUGCUGCUGGCCUCAAGGAUGGCCCGUGACUGGCCGUCAGGCAGAGGCAUCUGGCACAACGACAACAAGACGUUCCUGGUGUGGGUGGGUGAGGAGGACCAUCUGCGAGUGAUCUCCAUGGAGAAAGGAGGCAACUUGAAGCAAGUGUUCACUCGCUUCUGCACCGGACUCACUGAGAUUGAGUCACUGUUCAAGAACAAAGGGUUUUCUUUCAUGUGGAACGAGCACCUGGGCUACAUCCUGACUUGCCCCUCCAACCUCGGCACUGGUCUGCGCGCCGGUGUCCACGUAAAGCUUCCGAACAUGAGCAAGCACGGAGAGUUUGAAGAAGUUCUCAAGAGGCUGAGGCUUCAGAAACGUGGAACUGGUGGCGUGGACACCGAUGCUGUUGGUGGAGUCUUUGACAUCUCAAACGCUGACAGACUGGGCUUCUCUGAGGUGGACCUGGUGCAGAUGGUGGUGGAUGGUGUCAAGCUGCUGGUGGAGAUGGAGAAGAAACUGGAGAAGGGAGAGUCCAUCGAUGACCUGAUGCCCACCCAGAAGUAGAACCAAACUUAUUUGACCUUUAAAAAUCAAUUUUAAUGAAGGACUCAGUCCCACAGGGUAUACCGCUGCCACACUUUUGUUCAUGAUUUGACGGUUUAUAGGCUUCUACCAUUUCUGUAAUGUUGACAUGGCCUUAAAUAAAAUGUAUUUUAUUGUGAAAAUAAUGUAGCAAACGAAUAAAUAAUUCAUAAUA